AUGCAGAUCCUGCUGCGGCUUGGGUUGGGACGUGAGGAUUUAGCCGGCAGCUGCUCGCUUCACUUGCUUAUCCUGUCCAACGGCUAUUUCCAAACCAUUGUCAUCGCCCUCCUCUCGGCGCUACAGAUCCUUCCCGCCUCUCGUUUGCUUCGCUCCGGCGGCACAGGCAAAAAUGUCCUCGCUGACAUUGCAAGACUCAACUUGGUCGUUGCUUCCGACGACUUCGACCUCGACCGUAUCAAGCCCCUGCUGCGUGCGGCCCUCGCCGGUGAUCCAAACGAUGCCCUGAUCUGGGAUCAAGUCUACCGCGCCGUCGCCGAGUCCACCCCGCCUCCCCGCCUAGUGCCAUCUUCCUUCCAGCAAACCCCAUGGCUACACAACACGGGCAGUUUUGCCAACUCCUCGGAAUACCGCCAAGAUGUGGACAGGGCCGGAGCGCUCGAUGCCGCCGCCGAGUGCAAUCGCGUCUGGGCCUUCGCAGAGAGGCCGCAGCAGCAGCAGCACUGCUGGCAAGAAGCGAUCAUCCAGCCAGAUUGGCGCCGCCCUCCCCCCAGCAAGCGAUCUUGUUCGGCAUCCCCAACGAAGGCUAGCGGCGACGCACUAUCGAACCGGAUGCACCGACGUGUCAUCCUUCGUGACUAUGGAAAGCCCAUCUACAAGGCAAGCUCUCGGUCGGCUCUCCUUGCCGCGCUGGAGGGUUGCAUCCAGGGACACGAGUCCUUGCUCAAGGCUGGCUUCCUUCAUCGGGACAUUUCGGUCAACAAUCUGAUAAUUAACGAGGAUGACAACGAAGAUGACAACGAUCACUCCUGGUCUUCUUUCUUGAUCGACCUCGACCUCGCCGUCAGAAAGCCACGGGAGGGCGCCUGCGGAGCAAAGGGCAAAACCGGCACGCGGGCUUUUAUGGCCAUCGGUGCGCUUCUCGGCGAGCAACAUUCUUUCAUGCACGACCUCGAAUCGUUCUUCUGGGUGCUGUUUUGGAUAUGCAUUCACUACAAAGGCCCAGAUCAAGACAGAGUCGUUCCGCGGUUUGAAAAGUGGAACUACAUCGACAUGGAGGAAUUGGCUCAGGUGAAACUGGGUACGGUGUCUGACGAUGAGGUUUUUGACAAGAUCAUGGCGGAGUUCUUCAGCGAAUACUACCAACCAUUGAUUCACUGGAAACGUACCGAAUCUAUUUGGUCUGUAAUAUCUCUUGUCAGCGGCGUAGAGGUGGCCUCCGCCGCAUCAAAGCCCAAUCUCCGGCUCCCUCACGUGAACCACGUUGCCUCCAUGGGAACACUAUCCUUUAGCCGUAAGCCAGAAGGAGAUGUCUCGGUGCUGUAG